CUAAUAUACUUUAUUCUAUAAAUUUUGAUAACAAUCUUAUCUCUUUUUCUGAAGAAGCUGACUCUCUGCUUGAAAAAGCUGAAUUAGAAGCAGAAAUUAUAGACCUUAUUGAAUGCUUACCAAUUAAUAUUCCUCUAAAUUUAAACAUUAAUGAUAUUGUUAAUGUAGUAAAUAGCCAAGAUGAGAGUGAAUCAGAAGGAGAAAAAGAAGAAAUAGUUAAAAUUAGUGAU